UAGUAGCGACGCCGGCAGGGGGCGCUGUCAGGGGUCUUCCUGCCCUGCCAGUCCCGCCGCCUCUGACCCAUCCCGGCCGCCUUAGUGUUCAGCUUCUGGGCCCGGCCGCCGCUCCGGGCUCGGCCUCUUGAGGGGACUCACCGGAGGAGGCGGCCGAGAAAGGCGCUGCGGCCUCCUCGAGAGGAGGAGCAAGUGACUGUGGUGGCGAGGCCUAUCAUCAGGGGGUUGUGUCCCCACCGUUUCGCCCCUUCUGCUCGACCGGGGACCAUGUUCACCAGCACCGGCUCCAGCGGGCUGUAUAAAGCACCUCUAUCAAAGGGCCUCUUAAUAAUACCAAGCACCCUCUCACUUCUGUUGGCUCUGCUCUUUCAACAUUAUCAGAAAUUUUUCACAUACAAUCUGCAAGCGGUAAAAGAGGAAUUUCAGAUUUGGAGACUUGUAUGUGGGAGAACAGUAUGUCUUGAUCUCAAAGACACAUUCUGUAGCAGCUUGCUCAUCUAUAACUUCAGGAUAUUUGAAAGAAGAUAUGGCAGCAGAAAGUUUUCAUCAUUUUUGCUGGGCUCCUGGAUGCUGUCAGUGUUGUUUGAUCUUCUCCUUGUAGAAGUUGUUGAAUGUUCUUUUGGCCUCACCAUCAAUAGCUUGCCUUCAGGAUUCUUGGGCCCUGUAUUUGCUCUUUUUGUACCAUUUUAUUGCUCCAUUCCAAGAGUGCAAGUGACACAAAUUCUAGGCCAGUUUUCCAUCACAAACAAGACACUGGUCUAUAUAUUGGGUUUGCAGCUUUUAACAUCUGGGUCUUACAUCUGGAUUGUAGCUUUAAGUGGGCUGAUUUCUGGAAUGUGCUACAGCAGCAGUGUGUUAAAAGUGUACCAUGUACUUUGUGUACCCAGUGGUGUGGCAAGAAUAUUUGCUUGGACACUUGAACCAAUUUUCUCAUCUGUGGAGCCAUCCAGUGAGAUUAGAGUCGGAAUGGGAGCAACUGUGGACAUACAGAGGCAACAGAGAAUGGAGCUGUUGGACAGGCAAAUCUUAAUGUCUCAGUUUGCCCAGAUGAGGCGUCAAAGACAGCAGCAGGGUGGAAUGAUUAACUGGAAUCGUCUCUUUCCUCCUUUACGUCAUCGACAUAAUGCAAACUAUCAGGAUAAUCACCAGACUGAACAUGAGGUACUGCCUCAAGCUGAAGUUUCUGAAGAACAGGUCGCACGGCUCAUGGAAAUGGGAUUUUCCCGGGUAGAUGCUUUGGAAGCUUUGAGGGCUUCAAAUAAUGACCUUAAUGUAGCCACCAAUUUUCUGCUCCAGCACUGAGGAGUGCCUGCAAUGAAGAACUUGAAUUGACAUGGUUGCUGUGUUCCCCAGAAGAGGACUUACCUACUUGCUGGGUAGACUCCUGAAUGUCUAAAUCAGGAAGAGGAAGCUGACUCUUCGCAUGUGGCAUACCAGAGCAGAAAUGAUGGAUGGCACUGGAAAUGUCUGACCCUUGAAUGGUGAUGUGUACUGCACUUGAAGAGUACUUUAAAUUGUAAAAAUACAUUAUAUUCAGUAUUUAUUUUGGAAAAUUUGGUGGUUCUCCCCCUCCAAAUCAGCAUACAAUCUAUUACCAUUCCUAAUAACUAGGAAACAAGAGGAAACAGCUUUUUGCCAAAAAUGCAGGCUUUUACCUCUUGUAUCAUUUUUUUCUAAUCUUAAAUAUUUUUGAAUACUAUAUUUCGUUUACCUCCUUUAUGAUUGGCUGUGUGAUUUCAAUAAAGGGAGAGAGGACUGUGA